AUGCUCAGACUAGCAUGGCGUCGCUCGGCGUCCAAAUAUAGCCACGUAGAGCCGUCGCCUCCUCUCACCGCAGCCCCAGACUGGCACACAACACUUCCUUACAAGAGCUCCGGGGGUAACGUGCGGUCUCUUGGACUGUUUACCCACCAGUGCCACCACGCACCAAACGUCAGUUCUACACCGUUCCAUUUCGUCAGAUCAUUUCCCUUCACGAGCAUGGCGUCAGGGGGUGAAGGGCCGCCAUCUACGCUUUACCGCCACACCAACAGAUUAGCUAAGGAGAGAUCACCCUACCUACUUCAACAUGCGCACAACCCUGUUGACUGGUAUCCUUGGGGACAGGAUGCCUUUGAUAAGGCACGUAAUGAAGACAAACCCAUCUUUUUAUCUGUGGGUUACUCAACAUGUCACUGGUGCCACGUAAUGGAGAGGGAGUCUUUUGAGGACGAGGAAAUCGGCAAGUUGCUCAGUGACAACUUCGUCUGUAUCAAAGUGGAUCGAGAAGAAAGACCGGAUGUGGAUAAAGUCUACAUGACUUUCGUACAGGCAACAAGUGGAGGUGGAGGAUGGCCCAUGAGCGUGUGGUUAACUCCUGAUCUCCGUCCUUUCAUCGGAGGCACUUACUUUCCGCCCAGAGACCAUGGUAGAAGACCCGGCUUUAAGACUGUCCUUACACGAAUCAUGGAACAGUGGCAGAAUAACCGUUCAAACUUGGAGUCCAGCGGGGCCAGGAUUCUGGAGGCACUGAAAAAAGGCACGGCUGUGGCCGCGAAUCCGGGCACGAGUCCUCCUCUAGCCCCUGAUGUGGCUCAGCGCUGCUUCCAACAGCUGGUCCACUCAUAUGAGGAAGAAUACGGAGGCUUCAGAGAUGCUCCCAAGUUCCCCACACCGGUCAAUCUGAUGUUCCUCAUGUCUUACUGGUCUGUAAAUCGCUCCACUUCAGAGGGUGUGGAGGCUCUCCAGAUGGCUUUGCAUACACUACGCAUGAUGGCGCUCGGUGGCAUCCACGACCAUGUUGCCCAGGGUUUUCAUCGUUACUCCACCGAUUGUUCUUGGCACGUUCCACACUUUGAAAAGAUGUUGUACGAUCAGGCCCAGCUGGCUAUCGCCUACAUAACUGCAUUCCAGGUAUCGGGUGAACAGAUUUUUGCAGAUGUGGCUAAGGACAUACUGCUUUAUGUCUCCAGAGACUUGAGCGACAAGUCUGGAGGCUUUUACAGUGCAGAGGACGCCGACUCUGUCCCAACAUCAGGGGGCUCCGAAAAGCGCGAAGGUGCUUUCUGCGUCUGGACGGCCUCUGAGGUUCGGCAGCUGCUGGCAGAUGUGGCGGCGGCUGCUGGUGAGCCCGCUUCCCUGGCGGAUAUUUUCAUGCACCAUUAUGGAGUGAAAGAGCAAGGCAAUGUUCCCCCUGAACAGGACCCUCACGGGGAGCUGCAGGGCCAAAACGUGCUGAUCGUGCGCUAUUCCGCAGAGUUAACAGCUGCACGGUUUGGUAUUAGCACGGAGAGGGUCAAUGAGCUUUUGGCUUUGGCCCGAGCCAAAAUGGCAGAAGUGCGGAAGAAUCGUCCACGCCCGCAUUUGGAUACCAAAAUGCUGGCCUCCUGGAAUGGUCUGAUGCUGUCAGCCUACGCCCGCGUCGGAGCCGCGCUCGGAGACGAGGCCCUGCUGGAGAGGGCGGCGCAGGCCGGCCAUUUUCUCAAGGAACACCUGUGGGAUGAGGAAAGGCAGACCGUUCUGCGAUCUUGUUACCGUGGAGACCAGAUGGAGGUGCAGCAGAUAUCACCACCUAUAUCUGGCUUCCUGGACGAUUACGCAUUCAUCAUUUGCGGGCUGCUGGAUCUCUAUGAGGCCACACUGCAAACAGAGUGGCUCCAAUGGGCUGAAGAGCUGCAACUCAGACAGGAUGCGCUCUUUUGGGACUCGGCAGGAGGAGGCUACUUUUGCUGCGAUCCCAAUGACGGCACGGUUCUACUGCAACUCAAAGAAGAUCAGGAUGGAGCUGAGCCCAGCGCUAACUCCGUGUCCGCAUCCAGUCUGUUGCGUCUCUCCCAGUACACCGGAAGGCAGGAAUGGCUUCAGAGAUGCCAACAGCUACUUGCAGCCUUCUCUGACCGUCUUACCAACAUCCCCAUCGCUCUACCCGAGAUGGUCCGGGCGCUGAUGGCACAACACCACACGCUUAAGCAGAUUGUCAUCUGUGGCCAACGAGAUUGCCAAGAUACCAAAGAUCUUUUAGAAGCUGUCAACUCACUCUUCCUACCACACAAGGUCCUGAUGCUUUUAGACGGCAACGCGGACACUUUCCUCUGCCAGCGUCUGCCGGCUCUCUCCUCUAUGUCUCGGCAGGGCGGGGUGGCCACCGCCUACGUUUGCCAGGACUUCACCUGCUCACUGCCCGUCACUGACCCCCAGGCACUACGGAGGCUUCUGCUGGACGGCCAAGGGGGAAUGCAAGCAGACUGA